AUGCGUGCCGCUGCUGCCUGGACUGUCUUCCGCCUGCUUCUGCUGGUGAGCACCGCAUCGGCCACCACAGUGCAAACAUGUGAGACGGGAACGCCGCCAGUGUCGGUAGAUAUCCUGGACUGUGACGUGCCGCCCUGCGUGUUCUACAGGGGCGAGAGCAUGUCGGGGAACAUCACCUUUGUCACAGAGCGGCCGGCCACCUCGCUACGGCCGGACGUGCUGGCCAACAUCGGCGGCGUCGAGGUCAACUACCAGCUGCCGCAGCAGGACGCCUGCCAGUCGCUGGUGAGCGGCAGCUGCCCGCUGCAGGCCGGGCAGACCGCCGUCUACUCGCUCGUCAUCAACAUCCUCGAGAUGUACCCCAAGGUGAACCUGACGGUGCAGCUGUCGCUGGUGGACGAGACGGAGGCGGUGGUGACGUGCUUCCUGGUGGACGGCGAGGUGACCGACCGCAACCCGCCGCAGGCUCGCCUGCGUCAGCACCAGCGCCGCAUCCGUCCCAUGCCUAGCCUCUUGCCCCGAAUUCCUUACCACCGCCUCCAUUGAACUCCGUACC